AUGGAAUACGAGUAUAAGAUAGCGUCUUUGGGAGAGGCUUUGGGGGAAGGGUUGCGCCUAGCCUACAUCGAUGAGAAGCCCAUAUCUCAGGCUAAGGGCGUCAUCGUCCUCAUCCAUGGCUUCCCGCAGACCUCGUACCAGUACCGCCAUGUAAUCAAGCCUCUCAUAUCUGCUGGAUACCGUGUCGUCGUGCCCGACUACCGUGGGGCAGGCCUGUCAUCAAAGCCCGAUGGCGACUUCAGGAAAACGACCAUGGCAAACGACAUCGUCCUUCUUCUGGACCAUCUCUCCAUUACUGGGCCGGUGCACAUGGUUGGUCAUGACAUAGGAGGGAUGAUCGCCUACGCCUUCGCAACUCGUCAUGCUGAGCGCACAGCGUCUCUCAUAUGGGGCGAGUGCCCGCUUCCCGGUACCAAAGCUCAUGAGGAGGAUCGAACAAUCCACGGAGUGCAGCAAUUUCAUUUUCUCUUUCACUCUGUUCCCGACCUUCCCGAGGCUCUAGUCUCAGGUCGCGAGGAAAUCUAUCUGAGCCAUUUCUUCGACAAGGUGUCGUACAACCGGUCUGCAAUCUCGCAGGCAGAUCUGGAGUACUACGCGUCAAUGUACAGCCGCCCCGGUGCUCUCCGUUGCGCUUUUGGAGUAUAUCGAGCUUUUUUGACGGAUGCGGAGGAGAAUCGGGCAUGGAUUGAGAUGCACGGCAAGUGCAAAGUGAGGUCACUCGGACUCAGUGGAGGAAAUUGGCGACACAGGUUUGCUGCGCCGGAUAUGUUCAAGGAGGCACAUGAACAUGGCACGAUAGAGGUCAGGGAACUUCCCGAGAGUGGGCACUAUGUGGCUGAAGAGAAUCCGGAGGGCUUUGUUCAAGUUGUCUUGGGUUUCAUCGACGCAUAA